AGCACUUUCACUAGCGUGGAAUUCUUGUGAGACCUUUCAAGUGCUGCGAGUGGAAAAUGUCGGUGACUUCAGUCCAGAUACCGGCUCCCGAACCAGAACACUCCGGACUGAGCAAAUUCCUGUCGGCGGCAUUUUAUGCUCUCUGUUCAUUUUUGAUCAUUAUUGUCAACAAAACAAUCCUGACGAACUACAGGUUCCCGUCAUACAUGUUUCUUGGAGUUGGUCAGAUGGCCACCACAAUUAUUGUUCUUUAUGCUGCUAAAAUGAAGCAAACAAUUCAUUUCCAGGACUUUGACAGAAGUAUACUCUACAAAAUUUUUCCACUACCGCUGUUCUAUGUUGGAAACCACAUUACCGGACUAGCAAGCACCAAGAAGUUAAGUUUACCAAUGUUUACGGUCCUUCGGAAAUUCACGAUAAUAUUGACCAUGAUAAUGGAGUCAAAGAUAUUGAGAAAAACGUUUCCGAGUCAAGUUGUAUACAGCGUUUGUGCUAUACUCCUGGGAGCACUGCUGGCUGCCAGUUCGGAUUUGGCCUUCGACCUAGAGGCCUACACCUUCAUUCUCCUGAACGAUCUGUUCACGGCCGCCAGUGGGGUUUACACCAAAAAGAAACUGGGAAGCGAGGAACUUGGAAAGUAUGGAUUGAUGUUCUACAAUGCCUGCAUCGUCAUACUCCCAACACUUAUGGCAAGCUCAUAUACAGAUGAUUUACAGAAGGUCAUUGCCUUUGAGCACUGGGUUACGUUCACAUUCAUUUUAUACUUCCUGUUGUCCUGUGUCAUGGGGUUUAUCUUGAUGUAUUCCAUCGUGCUGUGCAGCCAUUACAACUCUGCUCUCACUACCACAGUAGUGGGUGCUGUAAAGAAUGUAGCUGUGGCCUACAUAGGCAUGUUUGUGGGUGGAGACUAUGUGUUCUCGUGGCUAAACUUUGUAGGAUUGAACAUCUGGUAA